GGUAAGCGUCAGGUGGGUACUGUGACGUAAUACCGGAAGUGAACGCUCACUGGAGGAAGCUGGUGGGAAAAACCCCUAGUAAACUCAGGACGUGUCAUUACUCUAUUUUAUAUUCAAAAGGAAACACCUGACGGAGCAGCUAUGUGCAUUUUUGAUAAGGAAAAGGGGCCGAGGAGGUUGAUGCAAAAGGGCUUAGCGCUCAUCCUGGUGGGCCAUAUUAACUUCAUCCUUGGCGCAAUCGUCCAUGGCAGUGUCCUGCGACACAUUUCCAAACCCAGCCAACAGGUCACCACAGAAUACACAGCGACGAACAUCAUUUCUGUCACCUCGGGUCUGCUGAGCAUUGCCACUGGGAUCAUCGCUAUUGUGGUGUCGAGGAACCUUCGCAUAUUUAAGCUGCACAUUGGACUUCUGUUAGCCUCGUUGCUGAACGCCCUGCUCUCAGCGGCGUGCUGCGUGGGCCUCCUGUUGGCCGUCGGUGUGACGGUCGCCCACAACGGUCAGGGCCUGAUGCGAGGGUGUAACGACACAGUGGUCCCCGCCAACGCUCGCUCUCCUGUCAGCGCACAAUGCCCGUUCGACACCACACGCAUUUAUGACACCACCCUGGCAAUAUGGUUCCCCAGUGCUGUGUUGGCAGCUGCAGAGUGUGGCCUGUCUGUAUGGUGCUUCAUCGUAGGACUGACUCUCCGGGGCCUGCUGGCCUGCGGAAAAACCUACUACAAAGAAAAGAUGGAGGAAAGGGCCGAGAGCUCGCCACACAGCGCGCGCCUGAUUGGCCAAAACGUCAACCCAGAUGCCUGAUGCAACAAAAUGCUGGAAGUAAAACACUCCAUUCUUUUCACAUCCUUAAAUCUUAAAGAAGACAUAGUUUUGAUAUGAGUGGGCUGAUUUAUUUCGUUGAACCCGACCAAGACCAAAUGCAUUCAUUAAAUGCAAGUUUUUCAUACAUAGUAUUCAAGUAGUCACAGUAGGACUGUUUAUGCUCUCUGGUGAGUUUGCUUUGACGAGGCAAUAACAUUUCAUGCUGAAAGUGCUGUUCAAUAUGAAGGAACAUUUUGUACAUUUUUACAUCAAGUGUAAGUAUUUUGUUUUUGUAGCUUUUUUUUAAAAAAAAAUUUUUUAAUUUUUGUUUUUACAUUUAUCAAAAUAGAACUCUGUUUUUAGUAUUUUUAGUGUACAGGACAUUCUGAACCACCCCUUUGCAUUUUGAGUUGCAUUCAACAGACGUUAUCUUGAGGAUUGUAAACCAGCCAUGACUGGAGCAUAUUUAUUUUGCAAAACAUUAUAUAAUGUUUCAUUAAUAUCUGAUAACUUUAUGAACGAGACUGACACAAUAUUUGUCUUUAAAAUACCUUUGACUGAUUAAAUUGCACUAAUUGGAGAUGAUUUAUUGGAAAAUUUGGUUAAGCAGAAACGUGUCAUAUUUCACUAUUUAACCUAAUGUGUGUUGAUUAUAUUAGCUACGAAAUUAUUAAAUCUGUUUAAAAGGGAAGAAAAAAAACACUGAAAGACAGAAAGGCCUGUUCCUCCAAGUAUUUACUUAGCAAAUGUUUUAGUUCUGACAUAUUUUUGAGACAGAAAUUUGGAUAGGCAAUUUGAUUAAUUAACUUAUUUUUUUAUUUUUAAUGGAAUGAGUUUAAGUGAUUAUUUUUUUGUAUGUAAUGGAAUGAAGGAAUCGAGCAGUCCAGGGUGAACCUCGCCUCCUAGAUGAGAUGACGUCAUGUUGGUCUUCUUUGAACAGCAAACAAGUAAAGUCUGAAUCAACAUCGCCUUUUCUGGGUUGAAGUCUAGUAGUGCACUCCAUUUAGCCAAUUUUCAUUAUCAGUUCCACACAAUCAAUGGACAUCUUAACAAUCAACUAAUGUAUUAUUAUGCCCAUCACAGACGGAGUAAGUCGAAAGAUUAUUUUUUUUAUGUUUACCCCGCAUAGUUUCAUUUUUGCAUGAGCAAAUGACUAAGAUAGUGUGUCAUGACGUUGAGUGGAUUUUUGUACUCGCUGAACAGUUUUUCAUGUUGAGAGGUUCAACCAGUAUGUGGGGCAGCAGUCUUAGCAUUCACACACACUCACAUCCCAGUGACAGAGAGGAUCACAUCAGAUCAGCCAUGAAACGGUUAAUCUAGUGCUGUGCUCAAUCGUGUGGAAGGGAAUCAUAGCACGCAACGCUAAUCCUGACUGUGUGAGGGAUAAAUAUUGACAUUGUGCUGCCUGAUACAAUCACUCAGUGAUCAGGUCUGUGAGGCCCAUGCCAUCGGGCUCACUUUGAGGUCACCACAUAGAGAAAACACGAGCGCUAAUCAGAAGUGUGCUUCAAAUGACUUAAUUGUGAGCAAUGCCCAAUGAUCAUUUUCUCAAAACUUCACCUCUUGAAAAUUUGAUGUUUCUGCUGUUGGACCAUUUCAAUAAAAAACGGUUUUUU